ACUACAGCGCCCUCUCAGACAAUAAGAGCACUACAACAUUCGUUCGUUUAAAUUGGUUGUUGAAUCGCUAUAAAUCGAUUUAGCCUUAAAGAGAAUGGACUAUUUAUUCGUGAUCUUGUUAAUGGUUUUGAGCAUAGAUAAGGUUUCGAGUUUCGACGUUAUUUUUGUUUGGAUUCUGUUGAUUCGGAAAAGUUGAACGUUGGGAAAUCAGAAACCCGCGUAAAAUACUGUAAAAAAAAGUAAGAAACGGGAUACACCGAUUAUUGGAACAUUUAAAGAUUUUCAUUAAAGAAACUAUAAUAUACAUUCUAGAUCUUAUAGUUAGGAUUCAAGACCUAUAGUCAUAGAGAAUAUUACUCAUUCCACAUUGCACUUAUAAUCGUGAAAUGUGAAUGAGUCUAUGACGUGGAUAGUUUAUUAUAUUUAUAAUUUAACUUUGAAGAUACAAUACUUAAAAUGUCGUCUUUAAUUAUAUUUAAUUUACCAAAUAAUGUAAGUAUCAUAAUAUGUAAAUAAUUUUAAUUGUUAAUAUUGGUAUACCUAUAUCGAUAAUUUUUUCUUCUUAGAUAACUAAAAUGGAAUUGAUGAAAACAUUUAGUCAAAAAGGAAGUGUUACAAAUAUUCAAAUUAUAUUUUCUGUUGAAAAUGAAUGUUGUUUUUUUGCAUUAAUAACGUUUCAAACUGAAGAGGAAGCAAAAAUUACUCAAAAUUAUUUCAAUAAGACUACUCAAUAUUCAUCACGCAUCAGUAUCGAACGGUGUACAGAGAGAAGUAAAUAUUAUGAAAAGCAAUAAUUAUAAAUUUACCUAUUCAUUUUUUGGAUAUUCCUUAUUUUUAUGAAACUUAUUAUAUUGUAAUAUGUCUUGAUUUAAUGAUUAAUUUUGUUAUAUGUUUUGUAUGUAGUUGACAAUGAAAUGGUAAAAAGUACUGUUCAACAUCCUAAAGUUAAGCCACAAAACAAUGAAAUUGCAAAAUAUGAACCUAAAGAACCAACAUAUAAUAUGUCCAGUUAUUUGGCAAAUUCACCACACCGUAAAAUCAAUUUGCCAAGUUAUUUAGACAAAUUACCUCAUACUGAAGGUUUGAUUGAUUAUUAUUAUUAUUAUUAUUUAUAAAAUAAUAUGUGUCCUAUUAAAUAUCAAUAUAAUUAUUAGUACGGUAUUUAUAUUUUACUUUUAGGCCAAUGGAGUGUUAUAAAUCAAACAGGAAGGCAAAUUUAUUCAAAAUCAUUUAUGUUAUCACUUGAAAAUAAGCCUAUUUGUCUUAAGGAACCUAUGGAAACGGUUGAAAAACAUUUAUCAAAAUCAUUCAAUAAUGUCCAAACAGUAGCAAAAAAAAGUUUGAUUUUAUUUUAAAAUAAUAAUAUACCUAACCCGCUUUUUUGUUCUUUUAUCUCCUUUUUCCUCGCAUUAAAAUUACCAAAAUGGUUUAUCUACCUUACUUUAUUCCUCGUUAUUUUAUUCUCAAUAAUAAUCAUUUUUGAAACCUUUUUUAUAAAGUGUGAUUUCUUUUAUGUACAUUUCUUUUUUUAUUCCUUACUAAGUAUAACCUAGGCCAGCUUACUUUCUAGACUAAUACUAUCUUACUCCAUUGUUUGAUAAUCUUGUUCUCUAUUGGUUCAUUUUCGCUGAUUUUCACAUUUUCAUGUUUUUCCACAUUUGUGGAACUGUCUUAUUGUACCAUGCUUUUUGUUUUAAUCAGUGAUGUGCACUUUGAAUAGUUUAUACUAUCAAUAGUUAUUGAUAGUUUGUAUGAACUAUCAAAUAUUCAAAUAGUUUUAUUUGGUAUUUUUCAUAUUAUGAAAAUAUAGGUAUUUAUAAAAAAAAAAAAUUGAACUAGCUUUACAAUUAAAGAUUGAGUAUUGGUUAUUAACUGUUGUUAAUAAUAAUGUAUUACAAUAUAUUUUAGCUGAAAAAAAGAAUGAAAACCGUUUAAUACCAGUGACUGAAGAAACAAUAACCAAUGUCCAAUCUACUCUAGAUAUUGAACCUGUUGUUACAAGUACUGUAAGUAAAAAUUUAAAAAAAAGUUAUUAUAAUUGGAUUUUUAAUUUAUUCACAAAUUACUAUUAGACCCAUAGCCAAGUGAGUAUAUUGGGUUUAUUUUAAUGUGUAACCCAUGAUCAGUAACUUACAUUUUUUGUAUAAGUAUUAUAUUCAGAUUAUUUUUUCUGUGGGAAAAAAUAAAAGUGUAUGAACACAUAGUAAUAGUUGAUGAAGUUAAAGAUUUGUAUACUUUGAAAAAAUCAUCUAUCUAUAUAGAUGCUUAUAAGUGUAUCCUUUUUUAAAAAAAAAUUUGGUACGGGCUUUGCUUGGCUCUGCUUAGAAGUGUCUAGAGGUGUCACUGUUAGGAGUACAAAUGUACUCCUAACAGUGACACUUCUUGAGAUCUUUCACUAAUUCCUGAUUAAAAUUAAUCAUGGCAUACACCACAGUGAAAGAGUUGAUGAAACUCUCCUAGUGGCGGAAGAGUUCAGUACAAAGUCCUUAUACUCUGGCUCAAGCAAAGAAGACAGGAUUGGAGAGGCUCUAGAGUUCUUUUUGGCCAACCUUCUUAAACUAUUAAAAAUCAUCCUAAUUUUCAGUGGGGUGCAUACUUCUCGUUCAUUAAUUUAAUUUUCUCCAGAGGUAACCACAACUACAUCUUCUCCCUCUCUCCACCAAAGAAUGCGGUGCUAAUUCAGCAUUUAAUAAAAAGGACACAACGUGCCAUAUCAAAUUUGCGUUUAUCAGAGAUAACUUUGUACUGUUAUUUUUAACAUUAAUAUGAACUUAUCCAUUACUUAACUUUAUGAUAAUAUUAUCUGUGCAUUGUUGUUGCUUUAUUUUUGAUGUUUGAAUUGUCCAGCAAAAUAUAAGCAAAUUUUCUUUGCCAUAAGUUUGUAAGACGGAAACAACACAUGUGGGUAUCAUGCUCUCUGAAAUUUUUGAGACUUUUAUCGCCUCUCAAACACAUCAUAGUAAAACUAAUACAUUCUCCUUUGUACUUCAAAUCUAAAAAUAAAUUUGUUAACAUUUCCUAAAAUAAGAAAGGCCAAUCAAAAUAAAAAUGUUUUAUUAAUAAAGACUGCAUGCUUUUUGAUACUAAAAAGAAAACAGCAUUAUUAGACCAUUCAAUUUACAGGACUAUUUGGAAAACCAAGAAGUUGCUGACAAAAUAAAUUUGGAAUGUGAAACUAUCUUAGAUACAUUUUCUCAAAUGCAAAAUUUGGAAGUAUGUAUUAAAUUAACAUAUAUUUUAAAUAAUAUGAGCAGUGCCAGAUUUUAAACUCUAUGGUGCUUUGGUGCAAAACAAACUUUUAGGAUUUCCUUGGGAAAACAUUUCAGCAUAGUACCUUUGUCAAUUUAUUAAAAAAAAAACCAAUAUAUUAAUUUUACUAUUUUAAUGGUACUUUGAUAUCAAUAAUAUUAGAGACCCCAAGUAUUUCAGAGUACAGAAGCCCUCUUGCAGUAUACUGUUUGCACGGGUGAUUUAUCUGGCACUUAAUAUGAGUUAUUAUCUAUAUUUUAAUCAUGAGUUUCAUACCUUAAGGAUAUAGUGCAUUUACUAACUGAAGAUAAAGGUUCUGCCAUUAGAACUAGACAUCAAGAAUUUGUCAAAACUAUGAUACUAACAUCAGUUAGCAUUCUGAAUAGUGGGACAGUUGCAGGCAAAAUAUUUACAGAUCUUAUAUCUUACAAACAUAAAGAUAAUAUUCAAGUUCUUUCUGUAGUGAAUGUUACUCAAGGGUUAUUAUUUUCAUUAAAUAAUACAUUAAUUUUAAUUUAUAAGUAAAUACAAACAUUUUUUUUUUUUUAGAAUUAAUGCGGUCUUAAAGAAUUGGAAUGAUUAUUUAAUUGAGUAUCCACUGUUAGUUUCCUAUAUUGCUGACAUAAUUAGUGAGUAAUAUAAAUAUAAAUUUAAAAAUGUAUAUUUAAAGUUAAAUCAGGUAAUUUAAAAUAAAUAUUUAAUUUUGUAGCUCAAUUGUUAAUAUCAAAGACAGCUUGUUUUGAGAUAAAUAAUUUAUACGAUUGUUGCAUAUCUUUAUGUCAUGAAUAUUCCAUGGUAUUGUUUACUGAAAUAUUGAAAAAAUGUUUGUUUAUAUUGAACAAAAGUUCAUAAGAAACACUAAAUAUAAAAGAAGUAAGUUAUUUGUAUAGCUGUUAUAUUAUCCAUGUUAUGACACAUAUUAACAGCAUAUUAUAUUCUCUCAAGGUCUAUAUAAACUUGGCAACUAUAACACAAAAUCUUGUUUAAUUCCUGGACCAUUCCAGGAAGGUCUAAGACGGUCUGUACGCUUUUAAAUAUCAGAGUUCACACUAUCUCCAUGACCAUCUACCAGAAUCCAACUGGGAUUAUAGAAAUCAAUAUGUAAAUAUUUAUUAUAAAUGUCUACACAAUAUCCAUGUACAUUUCACUUUAUGACUUCAACUAUAACAUGUUUAUAAGUUAUCAAGAAAUAUUUAUUUAACUAUACAUUAAGAAAAUAAAUAAAAAAAAAAUAACUGUUAAAUACAAUUGUCUGAGUUAUUGUCAAUCAAUUUUAAUUGAUUUCCAAAGCAAAUAAUUUGAUGCGG